GAAAAACAUUGUAGCAGAACUUCAGAACAGCGUCGUGUUCUGUGGCGUCGUCCUUGUUACGAACGUUUUGCUGUUUAUGCCUACCGGUGUUCAUACGUCGUUAGCAUAAUCUAUGAAUGAUCGAUCUGACUGAAGAUUAAUGAUGGACUCUGAACUGGUAGCCUUAACGGGCAAUUUGGGGGAACUGAAACAGGAGCUAGACCGAGGUUUCCUCGCGGACAACAUGCUUUCUCAAGAGGACUACAAUUAUAUCUUCAAAGAUACCAGUGGUGAUGAUGAUUAUGAUCGCAUUCUCAAUUCUUCUACAGCUGAGUAUGGCAGUUCACAAAGUGAAAACUUCAGCUUUAAUGAAUUGAACUGGUCGCCAACUGACACAGAAAUGGAGCCCUUCUCUCAGGAUUCCAAUUACAGCUAUCCAGACCCAGACACAUUUCUUAAUACUGUCCUUAAAUCUGACCCAACCUUAGCACCAAACCCAACCUCUGUUCCUGACACACCCCCUGACACCCCACCUACGGAGAGUGGCUCCAGCACUCCUCCACAUUCACUGGAUUCCUCAAGGAGCUUGCUAACUGUAUCGGCUUCUUCUGUUGCAUCAAAGCCAGUGUCAGCACAGGUUCCUCCAGUGACACCAGCUAAGGUGGCACCUUCUGUUGUCAUGGUAUCCUCGCAACCAAGGUCAGGCCUGGAAAGAGCACAAAAAACGCUGCUGCUCUCUCGGGGAGAAUUCAAUCAGCUGGCAUCACAACGAGUGAUCACCAUUAAGACACCGACAACUGGCACUGGCAGUGUGAAGAAAGCAGCUGUGGUGCCCAAGAUCGUAACUUCUCAGCCAAUUGCAAAAGUGGUCAAGAUGACUAUUCCUACCAUCAGCAAAGUGACUUCUACGGCUAGCGGCAACAAUACUACGCCUGCAACUUUGCCUAGUGUCAAGACAGAACCCAUCAUGGUCUCCACUCCCACUGGAAUCUAUGGAGUCUCAACCACGCUUCAACAGCUUAAUGAUAGCAAGGCAUUUAAAAGGCAACAGAGAAUGAUCAAAAACAGGGAGUCUGCCUGCCUGUCACGAAAAAAGAGAAGAGAGUAUCUUCAGCAGCUGGAGAUGAAUGUACGGGAGUUAUCCGCCGAGAAUUCCAGGCUGAAAGAAGAACUUACUCACCUUCGUCACAGAGUAGCCCAGCUAGAAUCUGAGGCAAAAAUAAAACAGCCGUCAUUCUCCAAUAUUAAGAGGACAACUGCUUUCAUGGCCGUCAUGUUUUUGCUGACAUUUAACCUAGUUCCAUUCAGUGGCCUGUUUCGCAACUCGGUACAAAAUGGGAGUGAUAGGCUAGUGCUCCGCUCAGGGCAAAGCUCAGGGUGGGGCCGGCACCUGCUUUGGUCUCAGUCGGACCUGUCUGCCGAAGAUACCAACUUCGUUCCAGAGUUGCAACCAUCGGUUUCUGAUACUGGGGAGCCGCCUACCAGCAAUGGUGGUGACCAGUCAGCAGAAUUCUUGGGUGCCCUGGAUGCUCACAGUAACUCACACAAUGGGUCGUUUAAGUGUCCUUCAUCCAUCAACCAGACCGAGUCUCUCAGGUGGUGGUGCACAUGUUCACUGCCGGGAGAACAAAUGCAGAACUCCUCGGGGACAGCGAGAGCUUUGGCAGCCUCCUGCACGGUGCAGCGACGUCGCGUCGGCUCAUCCUGGCCGUCAUCAUCAAAACAAUUGCAGAGCCAGCUGCGUGGCUUGGCUAACCAUGUGGAGAACAUGAACCUGAGACUGACAGAGCAACGCAAGAAGCCCUCCCUCCCAAGGCAGCCACUGGUUCGAAAGCCUCUCCUGCAGACCUGGAUUAGUACCCGUCAUGCCAGUGGUAGCAGUGGAGUCUACAGUGAAAACUGGAAAGCCAAAAGAAAUGAAGAACUCUAUGAGGCAAUCCAAAGGAAGGACGACACAUUCUACUUUGUCUCAUUCUCUGGGGACUAUCUUCUAUUAUCGGCAAACUCUGAAAAUAGUACCGCAAUGCCAAGAAUGUCACUUGUCAUGCCCGCAGGAACAUUUCAUGAAUCUACGCACAUGGUAAAGGAACAUGUACCAAUGGUGCAAAUUGACUGUGAGGUCAUGAGUACAAAGAUAAUUCAUGUCAAGGAAUCGGUCAUUCCACCCCACUUGAGGCAACAGUAUCCCCGCAAUUCUGCUCAGCCAAACACUACUGGAACUAACGUGAAUGUCGCUGCAGCGAAUCUGACGAAGCGUGAACAGAGUUCGUACUCACAAAACAUGUCCAACCACUCGAGGCAGCUGCGUCUUCCACUACGAAACCAUACCCAGCGGAAUGGCUAGUAGUACCAUCAGACCACUGUGAAUUGGCAUUUGGCACCUAAACUUAUUCAAAUAGCUCAUCGAAUGCAACUGCACCAGGCUGAGACACUGUUCUCGCUUGGUGCUUGCCCCGUGUUCUUUCCCUUCAGCCUGGGAAGCGAAGAAACAUAGCGAAGAAAAUUCAGUGUGCACACAUAUGUGCGUGAUUGAAAAGGUGGGCUGCUGGGCAGUGUGGUAGUGAACUGGGGCACUGUGAUUUGAGACUCUAAUGGCAUUGAGGUUUCAUGUCUUGUGUAGCUUGCCUACGGGGUUUCUGCUUUGUCUCUCUCUUUUUUUUUUGCUUUUUUUUAUAAGGUGGAAAGCACUGAUGGCUAUGGUUUGUGUUGUGUCACUUCUAUUACUUUAUUUAUUAUUUGGCUCACCCUCUCAAUCUGCAGAAUUUUGAAAUCUUCGACAUGUGUAACCAUCAUAAAAAUAUAAAACAGUGCUUUUAUACACAGGAUGAAGGAAAAAAGAGACGCACGUGUGAUUGUCUGUUUUUUUUUCUUCAUCCCCAGUGUAAAAGCACUGUUUUAUCUUUUUAUGAUGGAACCUCACCGACUUGCCCAAUUUACCUGUCUUCUUCAUGUGUAACCAAUUGCAGGUAUCGGAUUUGGCUGGCAGACAUGUUACAGUGCUCACAUACUGGUUUGUUUUUGUUCUUGCCAUUUAUGUAUUCUUGCCAUUUAUGUAUUUCAAUAAAUUAUUUUGAACUCUGUUACUUUUUACAAAGCAUGCCUGGUGCAAUGGCUCGACAUAUAACAGAAUGGUGCUACAUGAGCCGACCAACAGCUUGCAUUGCUGGAUAAAAUUUGUAAGCUGCGCAUUCUAUCGUGGAAUGUCAUUUUAUUUGAAAGAAAGAAUGUUUGCAUUUGAGGACUACACGCCAAUAUUUUCGUGCAAUUUGUCUACAUGGCAAAGACUGCCUAAUCUGCUACAAUCGCCAUUUUGAAAAGCCGGUUGCUCAAGUGGCCAACUUGCAUUUCUGUACCCAUUUCACGGUUGGUUCUGUUUGUAUUAAUGCUUGAUUCAGGCCUUGCUAUCGCUGAUCAUUUGGACGAGGCCUUGUAUAGCAUAAAAAGCCUUACUUGCUUAGCUAGAUACACGUACACAGCAUCAUUGCGGUUUGACGCAGUAUAAAACCUGAUCCUCACUUUAUCCGUGUGUGCAAUAAUGGUCAGUUUCCGUAUUUAAUGUUGUGCUAUUAUUAUCUUUAAAAAGUAGAUGAGGAAAUCUGCUGCUGAAAGAUAAGUAAUUCGUCUGCUUGAGCCUUUGGACGGGCAAGCAGCUAUGUACAGAGAAGUGGACUGUUGUUCUGUUACCGGUGCUGAAAUGUGACAUGACAAAAGGCAUUUUCUAGCUUGAAUGGCAUGAAAAUUAGUUGCACUACCAACGUGCAGCAUUUUGUGCAUGUUGCGAGCUGCGAGUGACGUGAUUUAUAGUCUGUGUUGUGUGUAACCGAUGCAUACCUUGAACACAUUCCAGGAUACAUGUCUGCCUUGUUGAAGGGUUUGCUAUUUCUUAGCAAUAUAUGGUAUGGAUAAUUUCAAAACCUUGCCAUCCAGUGCUCUAAGUUUGUGCUGCUUGGCAACUUGGGUACUUUGUGUGCAUACAAUAAUCAGCCAAUUGUUAUGCCACGUUAUUGUGCCGUUGUCAAUAACUGGAACUCCUCCUUUGUCCGUUAUCACUCUUUUUCAUGCCAUAUUUACAACUGGUGGUAACACUGAUGCCUCCCAGAAAGGCAGAAAUCUCGUAAAGCAAAUUAUGUACAUAUGUAGAUACUUAUGCUCACACUGUCAUUCGACGUGGUUAUUUUUUUGCCGGUUUGGUGUAAUAUGUUACUGUAAACUCGUUCUGUCCUCACUCGAUUUAUAGACGUGCAGCAGAAUUUGCAAAAUGUUGCCGAAAGAUCUUCACCAUAGAGACCAAAAGUAUGUUUACAUUUGGCAUUUCGACACUGUGCAUUGGUCCAUAUGCAAUGUUUUUUUAAUAGAAUAUAUAGAUAGAUAUACAUACGCACACAGUUAUAUAUGUAUACAUCAAGGUGUUUGUAUACAAGACACUCUUUUCUGUUAUGUGGAAAAUAUCUUCGAGGUUUCCGUGAAACCAAGAGGGGUAGCAAAAAAAAAAAAAAAAAAGAAACUUGGCCAUCGCGUUUCCUAAAUCCUGGCUUCUGUGAAGCUUUAAGUACAACAGUAAUUUAAUAAUAGUAGAUAUAGGAAAAUUUUUAUUAGUAGUGAAGGUGAAAUUGUGUGCUGGAUUUAUCGCUUGUGUGCCCAUGUAUGCGUGUGUGUGUGUGUGUGUGUGUUCAUUUCGUAGGUUUUGUUACAGCUUAGACAGUACAUCAGGGAAAUAUUCAUUGGCAUUUAUGUAAUGCAUAUGCAAACAGUUUGACUGUUUUAAGGCCUUUUUGCCUUACAUUAAUCCUACUGCACAUCAAUUAUUCAAACGUAACAGUGUGCUUAUGUCACUCAUAAUGGUGACAAAUUAGCUGAAUGCCAACUCAGCUUUGCAGUAAAUAUAAGAUUAAUAAAAGUUACAUUGUUAGAUUCUUCUGCAAUUCUUGUGUAUUAUAUAGGAGAUAGCUUUGCCCUAGCUCAGGCACACUUAUUCAUUCAUUGUAAACUAAUUUCAUAAAAUUUGCCCUGAGUUGUGCUGCAAUUGCUUAAAAGCUGUGCAUCACGGGUGAAAGUGACAACAGUGUGCGCACUGAGUAUUUAUUUGUUUGACCACUGAUGUGAUUGCAGCCAUGGGCGUCGGCCGGGGGUUGUAAAAGGGGCACUUGCCCCCCACAGGCCUCACCAGCACUUGCCCUCCACCCAAGCACACCAGUGCUCUCCCCUCCCCUGCAAGAGUCAUUUGCACCCCCCCCCCCCCCCCUAAAGAAAACCCUGCCGACGACCAUGAUUGCAGCUGACAGUAAGGGCUGUUAUUGGGGCAUCCACACGCGCUCCAAGAUGGACACCUGUGCAUUGAGAUUGCGCUAAACUUUGAACAUGGACUUGGCAUUACAGUUUUUUUUUUGCUGUUGAUAUUUUGUCAUACUCUGCCAUGUAUGUACUUGAGUUGCACUGUGGUAUUUAUUCUUUGGCACUUUAUUUUCAUGUGUGUGUGUGUGUGUGUGUGUGUGUGUGUGUGUGUGUGUGUAUGCAUGUGCAAUGACUUUUCCUAGUCCUGUGUUGUAUGAAACCUUUUCUACACACAAAAUAAAGUUGCGUAUCUUAGUACGGGUA